AUGACCACGCCUAAAUACAUUGCGGGCAACAAGGAUGCAAUCCGCCAAUUCAUAGACAGGUUCGAUGUCUUCCUCAUCGACUGCGAUGGCGUCCUCUGGUCCGGAGACCACGUAUUCCCGGGGGCCGUGUCCACGUUGGAGAUGCUGCGGCAGAAGGGCAAGCGGGUCGUCUUCGUGACCAACAACUCGACAAAGUCCAGGCAGGACUACCAGAAAAAGCUCGAGGGCAUGGGCAUCCCGGCGAGCGCCGAGGAGGUGUUUGGCUCGUCAUACUCGGCCGCCAUCUACAUCUCCCGGAUACUGCCCCAAUCGCACCCACAGCUCAAGCAGAAGAAGAAGGUCUUUGUGGUGGGCGAGGCGGGCAUCGAGACCGAACUCCAGUCCGAGGGCAUCCCGUACCUGGGCGGGACAGACCCGGCGUACCGACGGGACAUCACGCCCGAGGACUACAAGUUCAUGGCGGCGGGCGACCCCAAGGCACUCGAUCCCGAGGUUGGCGUGGUGCUGGUGGGCUUGGACUUCCACUUCAACUACCUCAAAAUGUGCUACGCGUUCCAGUACAUCCGGCGUGGGGCCAUCUUCCUGGCCACCAACAUGGACUCGACCCUGCCGUCGGCGGGCUCGUUCUUCCCGGGCGCCGGGUCCAUCUCGGCGCCCCUGAUCAAGAUGCUGGGAGGCCAGGAGCCCAUGGCCUUUGGCAAGCCGAACCAGGCCAUGAUGGACGCCAUCGAGGGUAAGUUCCAGUUCGACCGGAGCAAGGUGUGCAUGGUGGGUGACCGCGCCGACACGGACAUCAAGUUCGGCAUCGAGGGUAAACUCGGAGGUACCUUGGGUGUGUUGACGGGGGUCGCGACGAAGAAGGAUUUUCUCGAGGGUGAUGUCCGACCCGCGUAUUAUGUGGAUGCCUUGAACGAUCUUUUGGAGGUUGCAUGA